CGGGAUAACCGCACACCAAGCGUUUGUCCAAAUGCAUCGCUUAGAUAUCGUUGUCACAUUUGGUUACUUGCUCCAUAAUUCCAUUUGAUAUCUCCGAUGCACCUCCUUUUUAAGUACAACAGUAACAUUAGCAGCGUCGGGUUGGCUUAGGUGCCAACGAUGGCUGAGUUUUGGAUCAGCGACGACGGUCAAAUGGGCCCGAUCACCUCUCUCCACUGCUGAUCUACUUAUAUAAAGGAUGGUCCGAGACGAUUGCAUCACAACACACCAUGGCCGAGGAGCUAAUCGCGGGAGUUUGUAGCAGCAGCAGUAGCUGGUGGUGGUGCACGGCAAUGUCCGGAAGCUCCGACUGGGCUGCUGCAGCCAUCGACAUGUUCGACGUCUUGCCUCGAUCGUGUAACGAGUCGUCGCCGGCGUCGGUGUCUGACAGCUCCAUUAGCUUCCAGGAUGUCCACUUCUCCCCGGUUUCUGCAGCUCCCGCGGUGUUCGACUCGGUGCCUGCAGCCAUGGCGACCAGUAGUUGGAGCCAACCUCUGUUUGGGACUGCUGGAAGAGCCGAGAGCUGCCUCCAUGAACUGUUCCAAGGGGACAUGAUUCAUCAAGAGUCCCUGAUGCAGGGGAGAAGCGAGCAGUCAUUCACGGAGCAGAGCUUCUCGGUCGACAUCAAUGGCGCCCGACUCUACCAAGAAAGUUUGGCAUUGCCCUCGGCGCUGCAGAACGAAUCAUCAAGAUCCUCAUCAGAUGAGUCGAUGCAGCUCAUGCGGUCUUCACCUCCGAAGCAGCAGCUUCAGCUCUCGAACACCACCACCUCCCCAAUCCCCUCAGCUCCAUGGAGCUUUGACAAUCCCAUGCCUACUCAUCUACCCCAACAAGCUUUCGAUGAACCCUUCAACUGCAGCGAUCAACGGGCAAAGUCGAAUUCAAGAGCUAGAGACUCUAUGUCAGCCUGGGAGAAGAGAAGUACCACCGAACCAGCACUCAAGAAGCCUAGGAUCGAGACACCAUCGCCAUUGCCGACCUUCAAGGUGAGGAAAGAGAAGUUAGGCGACAGAAUCACUGCUCUCCAGCAACUGGUCUCGCCCUUUGGGAAGACUGAUACCGCAUCGGUACUGCACGAAGCCAUCGAUUACAUCAAGUUCCUCCACGAUCAAGUCCGGGUAUUGAGUUCUCCGCACAUGAAGAGUGGCCAUCAAAUCCAGCAAGUAAAGAGCUUGGACAAACCAAAGCAUCGCCAAGGACCGGAGGAAGACCUCAGAAGCCGAGGGCUGUGCGUUGUUCCAGUUUCAGCCACCUUUGCGGUUGCCAGGGAGACCGCCAUGGAUUUCUGGACUCCUUUUCAGCUGUAGGGAGGCAAGAGGAAUAAACGCAAACAGUUCCUCCACAGACAUUUAGUAUGUAGGGAAUGAGGGUUGGUGAGAGGGAUUAGGCUGAUCAUGAUGGACUUAAUUCUUGUUUGACAUCUAUGCACUUCUAUGAAAUUAUAAUGUUGUGGUAUGGAAUUAUGUUUGGAUAAUGGGAGAAAGAAAGUAUGAGCUUUUUGGAUUCA